AUGACAAACCAGAACGAAACUGCUGUCGCAAAAGAGAACAAAGACAGGACUCGAUCCGAUAAUCCUGAUGAUUCGACCAAAUUGCAUGCAAGUUUUGGGAAGAUAGGCUUGGAGAAUACCGAGACUAGUUAUGUCGAGAACUCGCACUGGACGGCAGUCUUGGAUGGGAUUGCCGAGUUGAAAGACUGUUUUGAUGAUAACCCAGGAGCUACUGAGCAGAUGUUUGAUAAUCAAAAAUCGGGACAGGCGCUUCUACUGGGAAACUUUGAAAAGCUGGAUCAGCAACAAAUUCUCGCGACUAUUCCGCCGAAGCAGGAAGUUGAUAGUCUUGUUUCAUUAUUCUUCAAUACCGCAACACUAUAUCUCGUCUGUAUACAUGGCCCAACAUUUCUAGAAGAGUAUGAUCGGUUUUGGAAGUGCCCAGAGAAAGCUUCCAUUAUGUGGGUUGGGUUACUCUUCUCAAUCAUGUGCAUGGCAUCCGCCUAUUCAAGGAGCUCCACAGCACUUUCAACCUUACCAGGAGCGAUUGAAGCAACCGAACACGCCGAUCAACGGAUACAGGUUUAUCGGGAAAGAGUGGUACAGUGUCUAACAUUGGCCGAUUAUACGAAAUGUGGACCGUACACGAUAGAGACAAUGAUAUUCUAUUUGUCGAUAGAGUAUGCUCAAACUUCGGACAAUCAGACCGGACUCUGGCUAUUACUGGGUACCGUCAUUCGACUCGCAGUACGAAUGGGUUAUCAUCGAGAGGCUACGACCUCAACGUGCUUAUCACCGUUUCAAGCAGAAAUGCGACGCCGGAAUUGGGCGGCGCUGUUCAUGCUCGACUCGGCAGCGGCCGACCAGUAUGGUCUUCCACGCAUGGUAAAUGAGGCGCUGGUGGAUGCACAUGGACCAGCGAAUCUAUUAGAUGAGGAUCUCAGUCCACAUAUGGAAAGCUUGCCACGUUCACGACCAGAUCACGAGACGACUCUGGUCGGAUUUCUGGCCAUCAAAAAUCGAUUAUUAUCAACCCGAAACAUCAUUACCGACCUUACAAGCUACCCGAAUAAGUCUGUUUCCUACAAGGAGAUUCUAAAACUUGAUAAAAUCGUCAAAGAACAAUUUCAAAAUAUCCCCGGGCCUCUCAAAAUGCGUCCGAUGAGCAAGUCACUUACCGACAGUAGCGGCGUGAUUGCAAAUCGAAUAUUCUUGGCUCUGGUCAGCUACAAAUCACGAUGUAUGCUUCAUCAACAUUACCUACUCGCAGCACGCACAGAUGAUCGAUAUCGCUAUUCUCGCAAAGCAUGUAUUGAAUCCGCGCUGGAACUAUUGCGGAUCCAGGAAUGCAUCCGUGAGGAGUGCCAGAUUGGGAGACGUCUGUCCCAUGAACACUGGAAAUUUGAAGCAUCGGUCAAACAUAUAUUCUAUCUGGCAGCCACUAUACUGUGCGUUGAUUUGAACUACGAUCUAUCCGAAGUGCCGAGUAAACAACGACUUGGAAAGGAGGCAUUUCCUAAGAUUGUCAAAGCCUUGCAAGGUUGCUACAAUAUAUGGGUACAAUCAAGUGAUAGAACUCGCGAGUCGCAAAAGGCAGUCGCAAUGCUACGAUUCAUACUUGAUAAGGCACAGAGAUCCGGGAGACUUGACCAUGUUUCAGCAAAUACUGGCUUCGAACAGGAUGAUACAUCAAUGAUAUCUCAUAUGAUAGAUCCCUCGUUGUUCAAUCAUGACCCCUGUUCUAUGUCUUGGGAGAAUUAUAAUGUAGACAUGUCUCAAUUCGAUCUCGGUGAAUUUGAUUCAAUAUUGCACAGUAAUCAGAGCAACAAUCAAAUCAUCAUGAAUAGCUGGGAAAACGAUGGUUCGGCGACAAUCAGUCAACCGUUCAUGAAUGGACCGGACUGGUGGACGACGUUUGAUCCAUCUUCUAUGAAUUGA